UUUUGCUCUAUCCCGGCCAUCGAGCCGAUGACACUUGUAGUUUAAAUGUGAAAAUCGCGUAACCCUAUGCGUCUCCCGUCCGAAAGGGUUACGUAUAUAGAUAUGCAAGUCUUUGCAUAUCUAUAAGCGUAACUCUUUCGGAUUGUCCACGUUUUUUGGACAACUCGAGGGUGUGUAGAUUGGGUUCGUUUCCGUGCUCUAGUCCGGUCCGAGACGUGAUUUCGGCAGCAUCUCCCCGUUGUUCUCCGGAUGCACAUUCUCUUGGUUUGUUGUCGAGACGUGUAUUUGGAUAACAACGGGAAGGUGCUGCCGAAAUUUCGUUUCGGACCGGACUGGAGCACGGAAAUGGCCCAAUCUACACACCGUUGGGUGGGAUUAGGACCUAUCCUUACCUAUUAGUGGAAUAGUUCAGCACAUGCCCUUUCCAGUGAACAAAUAAAAUAUGCAACAUAAUUAAUUUGACGAAACUAAUUACUUGUGUUGCUAGUUGCAUUAUUAAACCGUGUAUCCCUUUGGUGUCAUGUGGUAUCCGAAAAUAGAAGAGAAUGGCUGAUCGUCGGUGGAUGUACAGUGGCCGCCGUAGUCGAACAGACCGAGAUGAUGAUUGGAUGAAAAACACAGUAGAUUUCUUGGAGGUUGCAUUUGCUAUAGGAGAAGAGCGUGCUUGGUGCCCUUGCAGUCAUUGCAAUAACAAGACACGACACACAAAGGAUGAGAUGGGCAGUCACUUGGUGUUGUACGGGUACACGCCAAACUAUACCCGAUGGGGCUACCAUGGUGAGCAAGAGGAUAGAGGAAGAGAGGAGGUCGUGCGAAGGCACACGGAUGACUAUGAUACGGGGUUCCAGGACAUGCUAGAUGACUUGGAGGAAGCACGCGUUCCAACGGAGGAACACCCAGAGGCAACCUCUAAGGCCUAUCUUGAUAUGCUGGCGGAGGCAAGCACAAAUCUGCAUGCUCACACAAAGGUCAAUAAGCUGGAUGCCGUUGCUAGAAUAAUGGCUGUGAAGACCCAGUUCAACUUGAGCAGAGAAUGGUUUGAUGUGAUGAUGGCAGUUAUCGGUAGUCUCCUCUCGGAAGGCCACCUUUUGCCUAAAAGCAUGUACGAGGCGAACAAAAUGCUUAGUGUACUUAAGUUGCCGGCUCAGUGCCUACAUUCAUGUAAAAAUGGAUGCACGGUCUUUGACAGAGAAUACGCGAAUGCCAAGCAUUGUCCCAAGUGCAAUUUCUCUAGGUAUGUUGAGGUAGACCACGGGAAGGGUCUGGUGCAAUCAAAAAUACCCCAUAAAGUUCUUAGGAUGCUUCCAUUCUCAGAAAGAAUUGGCCAGAUGAUGCUAUCCGAUGUGCCUGGCAAAGCUGUGACGCAUCACAAACUGGGGAAGAAAUACAAAUACGACAAGGAUCAUAGGCCGAUGCUGACACUUCCGUCGGAUGGCGAAGCAUGGAAGGAUUUUGAUCGGAAGUAUUUGGAGAAAGCCGCGGAGCCUCACCAGCUUCACGGCCGUUGACUGCACCCUCAGGGGAAAGGCGAGCACCGUGUCGGAGUACAGUGCGAACGCCCCGCCCGAAGCCUAUGCCACCCCGGCUGACCAUGCCAAGGUCACAGGCUACGCGGAGGUGUUUGAGGACGUGCACGGCCUCGGGGUUGAUCCUAGCCAGCACGACCUGGAUGUGGAAGUGGUCGUGAGGGUGGGAGGAGGCAUGAAGCACGGUAGGCUAUGCUUCGGGAACGGAACCAUUGAUCCGAGCACCAUUCCCAGCCUACCUCACCUGAAGGCUACUUCCACGAGCUCGAGUGCUAGUAUACGCAGUCGUCCAGGUGCACGGCAGUUCUCACAGCAGGAGGUGGAGAGUAUGGUGGCGGCUCAGGUGCAGGCUCAGAUGGAGGCUCA